ACUAGCUGUUUCGUCCUUCAUUGCUUUGCCAUUAAAAAGUGCAAGGUGAUGAAGCAGCCCAUAUAUUUGGAUGCACAUAUGUGAAUCCAUUCCUGACGUCCAAGAGCAAGAAUUCGGCAUAUUCUCGAAUUAGUCGGUUGUGGGUUGUGGCGUCAGGUGCUGUAUCCUCUAUCCUGACGUCAAACAAUCAAAUUACCCAUUUUGGUAAAUUUGCGUUUUAAUUUCAGCAAAUUAAUGGAAAACGAAGACAAUAAUGUCUUUUACCUUAUUAUAAGUGCCGUCGCCGGGCACCUAUAGGCUAUAACUCCAUCGUUCAGGUUUCAGACUAUUUUUCCUUUAAAAUAAUAUAAAAUAGAAGCAGAGUUGUCCAAAACGCAAGAUGACCAUCCGAAGUGUAUAGCGAUGUCUUUCUGACUUUCAUACUCGAGACUCACUGGAGCCAUGAUCAGAUUGGUCAGCAAAGUCUUCAUUCAACCUCUUUGGCCCACUAGCUGUUUCAGUUUUUUUAUGCUGCACCUCGAUAAAUACCCAAUAAAUAAUAAAUAUGCAAAGAUAGAAAAGAGAAGUCAGGUGUUAAUUUUUUUUAAGAUUCUUUGUCACAUCGAAUUUUUGGACAUAUGUACGAAUAUGAAGCAUUAAAAAUCUGUUUGGCAGGACUUCUCUUUGGCUUAUGCUCUGGCUGCCAAACGUUUUCUAGAGAAGCCGUUUUCAAGUAAAAAACAGAGGAACUAGAGCUAUUUUGACAAAGCAAUAAAUUAUAGCUUCUUUAAAACAGCUUCUGCUUCUCUAGAGGAGUUUCUCGUGAGGAGUCCUAUCAAAAAUAUAGAUAAAAAGAAUAAAUAAUUUUAUAAUUUGUCUGUAAUUUGUGAGACGAAUUUUUUGAGUCUAGUUAGUAUAUGAUUAGAUAAUAAUUAUUAAAUGUAAAUAAAAAUACUAUAACAGCUAAACCUAAAAAAUUUCACGAACUAAACAAAACCUCAAUAUUGUUCCUUAAAAUGAAAUUAUUCUAUCGAUUUUUAAGGAAAAAGAAAAUAUAAGUAUCUCUGUUCUAGAUUACUAAAGGUUUAUUUGGCAGAGCUUCUCUUCGGCUCCGGAUCAGUCUCCUUCAGAUAAGUUAAGUUAUGUCAAACGUUUUUUUUCAGAAGCCAUACCCUGUUAAACAGGGCUUCCACAAUUCAGCUAGUACAGAGCUGAGUGCCAGAGUGAAGCGUUCUUGCAACAAGCCGGUCGAUACACAUGGAGCUCUCUUCCCUGCUUCUCCUCCUCCCUUUCCUCCUUGGCUUCUACCUCACCAAGGUCUGGGCCACCGGCCGGAACGCACGUCGCCUCCCUCCAGGUCCCCGGGGCUUGCCUCUGAUCGGAAACCUGCACCAGGUGGGUGCACUCCCCCACCGCGCCCUGCGCGCGCUCGCCGCGACGCACGGCGCGCCCGACCUCAUGCGGCUCCGCCUGGGCCAGGUACCCGCGGUGGUGGCCUCCUCCCCGGCCGCGGCCGCGGCGCUGAUGCGCGAGCACGACGGCGCCUUCGGCACGCGGCCUUACUUCCGCACGGCCGAGAUCCUGACGUACGGCUUCCAGGACCUCGUGUUCGCGCCCCACGGCGAGCACUGGCGGCACGUCCGCCGCCUCUGCUCCGCGCACGUCCUCAGCGCCGUGCGGUCGCACAGCUUCGACGGCAUGCGGGAGCGGGAGGUCGCAGCUCUGGUGCGGACCAUCAGGGAGCGCGCGGGCGGCGUGGUGGACGUGAGCAAGGCGCUGUACGGCUUCGCGAACGGCGUGAUCUGCCGUGCGGUGUCCGGGACCGGGAGAGGGCUGUCCCGUGAGGAGGAGGAGGGCCGGAGGAGCGAGCUGUUCCGGGCGCUGAUCGAGGAGAACACGGCGCUGCUGGGCGGGUUCUGCGUCGGCGACUACUUCCCGUCGCUAGCGUGGGUGGACGACGCGUUGUCCGGCGCCGGCGCGAGGGCGUGGAGGAACUUCAAGCGGUGGGACGAUCUGCUGGAGAAGGUGGUCCAGGAGCACGAGGCUAGGCGGCGCCGCCGUGGUGACGGCGACGGCGAGGAGGAGGAGGAAGAGGAGGAGGAUUUCGUCGACGUGCUGCUGGCGCUGCAGGCGGAGGAGAAGCAGGACCACGACGGGGGCUUCGAGCUCACCAGGGACGCCAUCAAGUCGCUGCUGGCGGACAUGUUCGCGGCCGGGACCGAGACGUCCUUCAUCACGCUGGAGUGGGCCAUGUCGGAGCUGGUCAGGAACCCCGCCGCCAUGGAAAAACUCAAGAGUGAACUCCGCGCAGCGCCGCCCGGCAGCACCACCGUGGCCGCUGGACGCGACGACGCGCUUGGCGCGACGACGACGGCGACGCCCUACCUGCGGGCCGUGGUGAAGGAGACCCUCCGUCUCCACCCGCCGGUGCCGCUGCUCCUGCCCCGCGAGUGCAUGCGCGACACGACGGUGCUGGGGUUCCACGUGGCCCGUGGCACCCGCGUGUUCGUCAACGCGUGGGCCGUCGGCCGCGACCCGGCGUCGUGGAGCGCGCCCGACGAGUUCCGCCCCGAGCGGUUCUUGGAGGAUAGCGAGGUGGACUUCCGGGGCGCGCACUUCCAGUUCGUCCCGUUCGGGGCCGGGCGACGGGUCUGCCCCGGGAUGCAGUUCGGGCUGGCCACCGUGGAGCUCGCCCUGGCGAACCUGGUGCGCCUGUUCGACUGGGCGCUGCCGGGCGGCGCGGCGGCGGCGCCGGGGGACCUCGACAUGUCGGACGCGCCCGGGCUUGCCACGCCCAGGCGGGUGCCCCUCCAGCUCGUGGCCAAGCCAGUUCUAGGACCGGAGAAACAGACGACGUAGCGUUCGUGUGCCCGGUGCGGCGCCGUGUAUGUCCGGUUCUUUUUGCAAAAAAAAAAAUAAUAAAUCGCAACAAUAAUUUGUGCCGUGCAAUGCCUUCGAGGCCGGACUUUUCUUAUCCUUGUGCAAGGUGAUCCUGUAGGCAAUACAUAUUACCACGACCGCUCAUUGCAAUUUGCAAGAGAGCAUGGGAGUUUGGCAAAUUGACAUCACACGCAUGCAACAUACCACACCUAUCCUCGACGUCAGCUAUAGAAUGUGAUAUUUGAAACCAUGACCAUAUUGCCAUUGAGGGGUGUUUGGGCGACGGUGGUAAGCACAUCUGUAUCCACCUACGGCUACGGGCACUAUAUAGGAUGUGAUGCUUGAAAUGAAACCAUGACGAGUUUGGUGGUGAAAACUCGACGGUGGUAAGCACAUCUGUAUCCACCUAGGCUACGGCUACGGGCACUAUAUAUCCAGCUGCGGGCCGUUUGGUGGUGUUGCUGAUACUGUUUCUGUGGUUGCCGCGGAUAGGAGAUGGCCCAGGUUCCUUUCAGAAAGAGGAGAUGGGCUAGGUUGAUACAUUGCAUGUAGGCAUGUAUUAUGUUUGCUUGUGCGACGGACAAAGCCCAUGGCCUAGAUCAGAACAAGAUUAAAUGGGCUGGUUGGGCCAUGGAACCGGGAGGAGUGGAGUAUCUCUUGUUUGUAUUUUUUUUAGUAUAUUCAGCCGUAGCUCUUUCAAGUUCAAAGGUUUUGGCGAAUUGAUAGGUCAGCUGGUUAGUCCCUUGUCCCUAAACUUGCCUAUUCAGGUUUAAGUCUUUGACAAAGUCUUGACACGGAUAUUCGCAUUUUCUUGGAUUUAUUUGAGAAUUUAACAGCGCUAUGCUUUCAGUGAUAGCCAACGUUCUCGUCGACAGCGAGGCGCCUGUGGUGAUUUCAUGAAUCUCAAGAUGUGUUGGCUCAGUCUAUCGGAGGUCCUUAUAGGGGUAGGGUUUGCAUAGUGUGUUCAUAGAGGUGAGUGCGUGUGUUGUACUGUAUAAUUCUCAAAAAAAAAAUCAAAGGUUUUGGCCUUGUUUACUUCCACCCCAAAA